UCUUUUGUUAUAUUUUUUUUAAGUUUUCACAAUGGCUCGUAUGAACAGACCGGCCCCUGUGGAGAUCACCUACAAAAACAUGAGGUUUCUCAUCACCCACAACCCCACCAACGCCACCCUGAACAAGUUCAUUGAGGAGCUGAAGAAAUAUGGAGUGACCACCGUUGUGAGAGUGUGUGAGGCCACCUAUGAUGCCACUCUGGUGGUGAAAGAGGGGAUCCAGGUUCUGGAUUGGCCGUUUGACGAUGGAGCUCCUCCCUCCAACCAGAUCGUGGACGAUUGGCUGAACCUGCUGAAGCUGAAGUUCAGGGAGGAGCCCGGCUGCUGCGUCGCUGUCCACUGUGUGGCUGGGCUGGGGAGAGCUCCUGUUCUGGUGGCGCUCGCCUUGAUCGAAUGUGGGAUGAAAUACGAAGAUGCUGUCCAGUUCAUUCGACAGAAGCGUCGAGGAGCGUUCAACAGCAAGCAGCUGUUCUACCUGGAGAAAUAUCGUCCAAAGAUGCGCCUGCGCUUCAAAGAUUCCAACGGCCAUCGCAAUAAUUGCUGCAUCCAGUAGAGCCGAACCCGGAGCCACGCCAGCCCCCCAUCGUUUAAAUUCAACCUCGCUAGCUUAUUACCGGGCAGGCUUGUUUUUCUUAGUCAUUGUGUUCAAGUAUUUUACUUUUGGGAAAAAAAUAAAUAAAACAACCCCCCCCCCCCCCCCCCCCCCCCCCUUCCCUCUCCUCCAGGUUCAAAAUCAAAAGUGUCAACAGAAAAAAUAAAGAAUAGAAAAAAGAGUUGUGUGAACCGGGAUCACCGUGUUUUCUCUUCAUGUGCCGGAAAAAAAAAAGAAAGAAAAAAACCCGUUAGGAGGGGCAGCGCUGAGUUGUGUGUCGUUGUAAGGUGUUGGAUUAAUUGUUUCUCUCUGCCCAAAGAUUUCUGAUUGGCCCGUGCGUUUACAUCACCUUAGAAUGUGCUUAAAAAACAAAUAAAAUAUCAGUUUUGAUUUGAGUAAAUGAUGUACCCCGUUAAAUUUCAAGGUUCCGUUUCCAGACUGACUAGAAAGAGGUUUUGCCUUCCUUCAAAUCAGAUGGUUCAUCCAUAAAUGCCUUACAAUCGGAGUGGAACAAAGGCAAUGGAGGCGGGACUUGAACCCGCUCGCAUUUGGAAAAGGUGUUUCAUUUUUCUACUCGGAACAAAAACAAAAAAAGUUGUUGCCUUUGUCUUGUGCAGGAAGUCUUACACUCACUUAUGCCCUUUCAGUAACUAUUUUUAAUAUAAAAUGCUUAAUUGUUGCAAUAUUUGUCAAUUGAAAGUCUAGGAACUUGUGUUUUUUUCUUUUCUCUCUCAAACCUUCUGUUUACUAAUUAACUGCCAUGUCCAAAAUGUGAUUUUAAUUUUUUUUAUUAUGUUUUUUUUUUUUUUUGUUUCUUUUUUUUGCUUCAAACUGGACUUCCAACGUCUGCGAUAUUUUGUAUGCCUUUUUAUUUGAUGUCUGUAACUUAAGACUUGGAUACUUGAUGAUUUUAUGUAUUUGAAAAUGUGUACUAUUAUUAUUAGGUUGGCUAUUUAUACUAUCAAUGGAUGUGUGAUUUAGUACCGUGAGCGACAAAGUUGUACCUGUUCACCAACUUGUGAGAGUACAUUAAAUGAUACACUGAAAAAAAACAAA